AUGGAUUCAAGCUUCAUCAAACCUGAGUUCAAACGUUUGCCUCCCAGCGCACCACUUCCCCAGCCGGUCUUGAAAGGUCUAGUUGGCAUAGCAUGCCCUGCUUGUGACAACAUCAAGAAGACAACCCCUUUGAAGUAUAUCAACAGGUUACCCAACGCGUGGAAAGUUGCUGUGAGUGAAUCUAUCUUUUCUAUCACCUUAUUAGAAAACCAAACUGAUCCAUCCAUCUUUCCCAACUGUGCAUAUUCAGUGCAGCAUCCUGCCGCCGCGGGGACAGCAUGCUGUGCGCAAGAAUGGGACUACGGAUUCGCCGUCGUUACGGGGAAACCCACGUAUGGUUUGAACGUGUGA